AGACGACAGAAGUGAACAAGUUGUGUAUGUUAUCGGCUCUGUUUAAUACAGUUGCGGGCAUAACACUAAUUUUAUUUGUAAUUCAUUAUUUUUAUUAUAUAAUUAAUGCAAUAACUGCCGGUGACGGUGACGCUGAAGACAACGGUGAUAAUAACAAAAUGCAAACCGACGAUGCUAAGUUUAUUAAAAAGCGCUGGAAAGGUGGAUCAAUUGAACCACAUCCAACCGAUAAGGCGUUGAUUGUCAACUACCAGCUGGAAGCAACUGUAUUUGGAGAACCCAAUAAUCCCAUGAUCGAGGAGAAGAAGGACUGUCAAAAAAUUAUCCGCCUAAAAACUCUCAGUGCAAAAACAGAUCCAGCUGCUUUGGCCAGAGAAGUUGUAGAACGAUGCGAUCUCAUUCACAAAUCCCAAUUGGCUGAUGUUGAACAAAUUAUUUUCUAUUUGAAAAAUCGCAAAAACAACACAGGAAAUGAUAUAGCAGAUAAUAACAGCCAUCGUUCAACAUCUGCUGUACGUUCCUCAUCAAAGUCAACACCACCACAAAAGCCCGAUGUGUCUAUAAAUCAUAUCGAUGAGUAUGUUGAAUUGCUUUAUGAGGAUUUGGGGGAACGAAUACGAGGUUCAGAUAUGAUAUUGCAGGUUGCUAGAAACGCUGAUAACCUAGACGAGUUGGAGAAAAAUGAGGCAGCACUUAGCGCUCUUUCGAGGGUCCUUCGUGAGGAUUGGCGAAAGAGUUUAGAUCUCUCGACGAAUAUAAUUUAUAUAUUCUUCUGUUUUUCAACAUACACAAAGUUUCAUCCGGUGAUUGUGAAAUACAAAAUUGGUUCCUUAUGCAUGGAUGUCAUUGACUUUGAACUCAAGCGCUACGAAAACAUGCGUAGUGAAUUGGAUGUUCGAAAGAAUCCCAAUGCCAGCACAAGAAUGAGCAAAGAGAAACUCAAUCGAAGCUCUGAUGAAUUACUGGAUAUCAUGAAUGAAGAGAAACCCAAAGAGAUGGAACCUCCACGCCGUCGCAUCCCCGAGUUUAAACAACGCCCCAAAUCUGGUAAUUGGAGCAGCUUUCAUGGCUCCAUGUCAUCGUCCCUCAUGAAGAGUCAAAUCUUAAACAGCAGUUAUCAUGAGCACCUAUCAUCGGGAGCAACAUCACCCGAAGCAACUACACACAGCAAUGAAGCAUUAUCUUCGAACGAUCCAAAAACCAAAAAAGAAGAGUACGAUAGGUUGAAUAAGCAAUUGCAAAUAUUCGCCAAGAAACAAGAACAACUUCUGAGAGUUGCUUUCUAUCUACUGCUCAACAUGGCUGAGAAUGUCAAGCUCGAGGAGAAGAUGCGUCGAAAAAAUAUAGUCAAAUUGCUUUAUAAGGCCUUGGAUCGGCAAAACAUAGACCUCCUGAUGCUUGUGACGACAUUCCUCAAGAAACUUUCAAUAGUUGCUGACAAUAAAGACGAUAUGAAUGAAUUAAAUAUUGUUGCCAAGUUGCCAAGGCUGAUUCAAAGCAGGAAUGCUGACCUAGUACAAGUAACCCUGAAGCUGGUAUUCAAUUUGUCCUUUGACGGAUCAUUGCGUCGAAAAAUGGUGCAAGGUGCUUUCCUUCCAAUGUUGGUGAUGUUUCUUAACGACGAGAAGCAUCAUGGAAUUGCAGUGAAAAUUCUGUUUCACAUGAGUUUAGAUGAUAAAGUCAAAUCAAUGUUCACUCAUACAGAAUGUGUGCAAAUGGCAACCGAUGCUAUUAUUCUUAAUUUAAAUACCAAAGUAGACUUGGAUCUAGUUGCUCUUUGCAUCAAUCUAUCAUUGAACAAACGCAAUGCACAAAUUAUGGUCGAUGGCAAUCGUCUGCACAAUCUCAUGGAUCGAGCGUUUAAGUAUCAGGACGCUUUACUAAUGAAGCUCAUUCGAAACCUAUCACAACAUGAGAAUCUGCAGCAUAUGUUUAUCGACUAUGUUGGAGAUUUGGCCCGCAUCAUCACAAUGUGUGAUGAUGAAAAUUUUAUUGUGGAAUGUGUUGGAAUUCUGGGUAAUCUAUCGCUAGCUGAUUUAGAUUAUUCACAGAUUUUGCAAAAUUUUGAAUUGAUUCCGUGGAUUCGGAAUAUUCUGGUGCCAGGAGAAAAAUUGGAUGACAUUGUGUUGGACACGAUUGUAUAUUUGGGAACAUGUGCUCGAGAUGAAUCGUGUGCGUUGUUAUUCUGCAAAGCGAAAGUUGUACUUUCUUUGAUUGAAUUACUUAAGGCUAAGCAAGAGGAUGAUGAGAUUGUUCUGCAGAUAAUCUUUGUGUUUCAAAGAAUAUUAAGACAUGAAAGUACUAGGGAGUAUAUGAUCAAGGAGACCGAAUCGCCAGCUUACCUUAUUGAUUUGAUGCACGACAAGAAUUCAGAAAUCAGAAAGGUCUGUGACUAUUGUUUAGAUAUUAUUGCGAUAUCAGAUUCAGAGUGGGCUUCCCGAAUUAAGUUGGAGAAGUUCCGCAAUCAUAAUUCGCAAUGGUUAAGUAUGGUAGAACAACAGCAGGACCAUGAAGAUAAUCAAGACUAUGUCAACAAUGAAGAUGACGAGGGUGAAUUGCCACCAUAUUUGACAUCAGAUUAUUUGGAUCGUUGCGAUUUAUACCAGUCUGUCGAUGACAACGAUAGUAAUAAUGAAAACAAUCCAGGCAGCCCAGCCAUGUCCACUUACAGUCGUCCUGUCAGCAGUUAUAGACGGAGUACAGACCUGGAAGACCUCUACAACAUGACAUCGAGUUCCAAGUCACAGUCAUCCAGUCAAGGAGACAACAAUAAUUACAUGUUCAAAUCUAAUAAAUCAUUAGAUUCUGAACCAGGCUUACACGAAGAGUUAUUGGUUGCAUAGGAUAACAAAACAGUUCAAUUGUUGAAAUAAGAUUUUUAAGCUUGAAACUUCAAGCUUAAACUCCAGUUCACCACCCGAGAUUUUUUUUUAAAACGAACAAAGCAUAAAAUGAACAAAUAAAAGAAAGAAAAAAAGAAAAUGAACUACGAAAAGAAAAAUUGACGGGAGAAAAGGGCUCUCAUUCUCAGAUGAACUUAAAAACUAAAUACAUUCUAGAAUUUAGCUUUUAAAUUAAUUUAUUGUGUCGCAUACUCAAUUAUUCUAUUCAAAUGUAAAAUCUUCAAUCGAUUAUUAUAAUACAUAUAAACCCAUAUGUAAUUUUAAAUUUUAUGUAUGGUUGGCUUCAAACGCACAUUGUUUAAAUUUUUGUUUUCAAAAAAUUGCCCUUAUAUUUUUAUCUGGGGGUAUAUAAAAAGACCCUUAAAACAUCACAUGACUUAGUUUCGUUGAAAAUAUAUUAUGUUGUAUAAUUAUUUUGUUGUAAAAAAUGCAUAUUUAGGUGAAUUUUUAGUUGUAACUAUUGCAAAAGAUUCUAGUCCAGCGUUUUGUGUAAUUUUUUAUAUUAAUAUUUUUUUUUUGUAUAGAUUUAAUGAAUUAAUCGUAAAUGUGAUAUUUUUUUUAUUUCAUUUUAAUAAUUUAAUUUUAGAAAUCAUUCAUAAAAUAAUCAGUAAAAUAAAACUAAUUUAAAUUUAUAUUUUUUCUACUUGUGUAUGUAUUUUUGUUUUAGUUUUUUAUUUGGCUCUUAUUUUGUUAUUGUAAGCGUACAAAAAUAAAAAAUACAUUAAAAUUCUAUUAUUUAUGUGCGAAAUUGAGGAA